CAUUCCCCUUCCUGCGCAUUAACCUUCUUCCUUGUUCCAUUCCCCCCCCCCCUUUAAAUAAAUUUUGUAAAGCAACUAAUGAGGAAGUUGGCACGCCAAAGAUCAAAGCAGAGGUCUCUUAACAUCUCAGAUUUCUUUACGGGGAUGUUUUUGAUUGGCAGGAACAACGAACUGCUAGCGUGAUCGAAAACUUUGUGGGAAAGUGGUGUUUCCGUUGGGCAGCCAUUUUGUUCCCAGGCAGCCAUUUUGCCUUUCAAACGCAACGAUUGUAUCCCUGAUGUUGCAACCUGCCUUUGGCUACGCUUGUCACAGGUAACCUCUCAAACGGGGUAGAAUGUCUUCCAAAGAUACAUGCGGGAAACGCCAUCAUCCUGUGGCCAGCCUUUGCAGGAAGCUCCAAACUAUCAACAUGAUGGACCAAGCUUCGAAUCCUGCCUUGCAGAUUCCAAAAUUCCAAUCCAAAAACUUUGACAGUCCACAGAGUAACACAAAGAAGAACCUGGAGGAGAUCUUGAAGAAGAGGACAUUAAAAAACAGCAGUUCCAUGGACACCAACCUCUUUUUGCUAAGUCCUUCCAGUGACAACAUCUUCUCUCUGAGCCCUGGCACGGUGCAAACACCACGCCAUCGACGUAUUUCGGAUAUUCGCUCCGAGUCCUUUUCUCUGGGUGGCAAUAAAGAGAAGCUGAACAAAUCGUGGGUUUUUGUAAAUCAGAGAGGAAACGGUUCACCCCAUCUCAUUAAACAUGGAGAGUCAACCUUUGAUUAUGGCAACUCUAAUAUUGAGCCAAAGGUCCCAUCACCUCUGGAAAGCAACUAUUUCACAUCAAGUCCUGAUUUAUUUACCCAAGGACCAAAAUCCGUACAGCCCACUUUCCUUUCUCCUCCACCCAAAAGAUUUGG